AUACCACUUAAAUUUGAUUAUACGUUCUCCCAGUUCCCACUUCACCGUAUUGAUUAAUUCUAUUUUAAUCGGCUCACAGUACCUUCCUCGUCUCCGUUUCCGCUUCCGGCCAGUUCCUCCAAUCGGCCAUAUUCCGCCGCUCUGUCUCAACCCAGCCGCCGCUCCGUUGCCGCGAGCCCACCAUAGCUUCAUUUCACAGGGGAUGGUCUUCCAUUUACAACGCUACAAUUGAACAGAGUGAAUCAGGGGCAAAGACAGGUGAUUUUAUCCAGAAGCGCUGACAGAAAUCGGGCCGAGAUGACGACGCGAUCGGAGAGGGAAAAGGCUCAGAAACUGAACGAGCAGCAUCAGGCCAUUCUGUCCAAAAUGCUGAGAGAGGAUGAUAACAAGUACUGCGCCGACUGCGAAGCCAAAGGACCUCGAUGGGCCUCUUGGAAUCUUGGUGUGUUUAUUUGUAUCCGCUGUGCUGGAAUACACCGGAACCUGGGAGUGCAUAUAUCACGCGUUAAAUCAGUCAACCUGGACCAAUGGACCCCCGAGCAGAUACAAAGCGUGCAGAGCAUGGGCAACACCAAGGCAAGACAGCUGUAUGAAGCUCAUCUCCCAGAAAACUUCAGACGGCCGCAAACUGACCAAGCCGUGGAGUUCUUCAUCAGGGACAAGUAUGAGAGGAAGAAGUACUACGAUAAAAACGCUGUCAAUGGAGCAAUUAAGUCCUCUGAUGCUGCUUUGCCCUCAGUAUCAUCCCCUUCUUCGCAAGCAGCUGAGAAAAGCAAACUGGAGGAGAGAGAGAAGAAAAAGGAGGAGAAGAAGAGGGAAAAAGACAUAGAUAAAGGGAACAAGCCAGCAGUUUUUGAGAAGAAAAGAGAGGACAACCAGACAGAUUCCAGAAUCAGUCCUAAGAAGAGUGCGGAGCCUGCCAUCGACCUGUUAGGCCUUGAUGCACCCACAGCCGGCUCUGCCAGCAGCGGGGCGGGAACAAGCAGUGCAGCUCCAAUCAGUGACGACUUGGACAUCUUUGGACCAAUGGUAUCCAACCCUCUGCCCUCAAACACCAACACAAACCAGGUCAGUUCCAGUAAGGCAGCUGGGAGCGCUCAGGCCAACUCCGCCGGAGGGGCUGUGGCAGGUGCUACGGGCACAGGAAGUGCUGCUCCAGCACAGGGAGAUCUGGACCUGUUCAGCGAAACCAGCGGGAGCAGCAAAGCAGAAGACUCGGCCAAGAAACCUCUCUCCAAGGACUCUAUUCUCUCCUUGUAUGGCUCCAGCACCGUCCCACAACAGCCUGCACAAGCAACUGCGAUGUUCAUGGGCCCGUCUCAGAUGCAGUUCCCUGCGCAGCCACAGGGGAACUUCCAGGCCUUCCCCGGGAUGGGAGGAGCCAUGCCGCCCACUACCAUGAUGGGGGCCGUCAUGGGGCAGGGUGGCGCUAUGAUGGGCCAGAAUACAGGCAUGAUGGUUGGCAUGACAAUGCCUAACGGUUUCAUGGGAAAUGCACAACCAGGAGUGAUGGGCUUGGCCCCAGGCAUGAUGGGACCUCAGGGCAUGGUGCCCCCUCAAAACAUGUAUGCCAUGCAGCCAGGUCAACAAGGACAGUGGAAUAUGGCACAGAUUAACCAACAGAUGUCUGGAAUGAACCUGAAUGGUUCUGGUGCUCCAAUGGCAUUUGGGCCACCUGGUGCCCCCAUGGGCGGCUGGGUGGCACCCUCCUCCGGUCAGACCCUCAGCACCCAGCUCUGGAAGUAAAUGAAUGAGGGAAGAUGGGGGACAAGGGGCACCACAUCCCUCCAUCUCUCCUCUCCUCUCCUCCUCCACCACCACUUGCGCCCAGAGUUUUAUUCAUGUACUGUCAUCCCCCUUCUCUUUCCAACCGUUACUACUCUGGAGAGCAUUGAUUCAACCUGCCCUGUGUAUUGAUCAAGUGAGCAAGAAUACGGAGUGUAAGAGACUGGCAGCUUUGACCGUCUUAUUUGCAAUUAUUUUUUUCUUGUUCUAUAUAUAUUUUUUUGGGGGGGGGGUUCAAAAUACAUAUCAGCUACAAGAAAGCUGCUGGACCAAUUAUACAGGCUUCUAAUAUAUCUUUACCAAAUCAAUAGUGAGUCAUAGUAUUUAAAAGACAGAGGUAUGGCUAUCAUAUUUGUGACUACCCCCUCCUUUUCCUGUCUUCUGUAGCCCCAUGUCCCAGAACCCUGUAGCAGAUAUUGUAUAGACCCAUGUAAUGUAUGUAAUCAUGAGAUAGACGAACCCCUCGCCCCUCUCUCCGGCCUCUCACCACACCGCAUCCGUGUAGCUCCAUGACAAACUCCAUCUUUACUGUGAUGUUUUAAUGUGUGCGUUACAGAGAAGCACAGUGAGUGAAAGACAAAUAAACCUGGACGACUGUACAGCUGUGACGGCUAACGGAAAAAAGGGGGGGAGGGGGGGUUGUGGGUCAAUAGAAAGGGGCUCGGGGAAGGAAUUAUCGUUUUAGCCAGCUAUAUUUGAAAGUAAGGACCGAACAAAAGCGUGCAGUCAAACACGUCAGUCUCGCCGCUGUAGCAGAGCUUCUAUCCUCUCAGACAGGGUCUCUCUGCUGUGCAAUAAUAUAAACAUCCCCACCGUGUCAUCCAGGUUUAUUUCUAUAAUGUGUUUACAUUUUCUGGUGCCUAGUACAGAGACAGAAUAUUGUUAUUUCCGUGCAUUAAACAGUGAAUAGCCAUGAACUAUUGUGUGAUCAUUUUGUCUAAAGACGCAUUUAUUGUAAAGUUAUCUUUUCU